AUGCCGGGGCCCUGGCUAAACGCCAGCGCAGACCCGGAAGCAUGGGCGUCUGCCUCUUUGCAGGCAGGCGACUACAUCGAGUACUGGGCCUACGACACGUCCCACACGCGCCAAGGGACAGUCGUGGCCAGAGUCGACAAUGUGACGGAGAAGACUGCCAAGGGCCAAUGGACGGAGAUCGCCAUUUUGGCGGCCUCUGAUGACCACCUCCUUUGGUGGCUGGACCAUGGAGCCGGACGAGACGAGAACUGGGAGUACGAGCUCCAUGUGUGCAAGGCCCAGUCAAGGCAGUGCAGGCAGUCAAAGAGAGGCCGUGGCCAUGACUUCCACACGGACAAGUACCGGGUCCUGACCCUGGGUGACCUGGCUGACCGCAGGCCGGAUUGGAUCCGGAAAAGCAAAUGCAAGAAGUAUAUAGACGAGGAGGUGGCUCGUAUGCAGGCGCCACCGCCGCUGGGAAAGGACCCCGCAAAGGCGGGAGGAGCUGCCGGGCUUACCUUUGAGGAAGGAAAGCUUCCGGCACCAGACCCGUCGCAUGAUGACGAGGCCCUGAAGGGGCUUGGUGAGCUCGAGAAGGAGCUCGGGGAGACGCCCCGCAGAAGAAAAAAGAGGGCUCAGAAUGACCCCCACGGGGGAGAGCACGGACCCCUCAAGAGGGAGGGGAGAGAUGAGCACCUCAAGAAAAAGAAGAAGAGAAAAAAGGACCCCGGCCACGGCCGUGCUCAGUCUGCACCAGCCAAGGCUGAGAACAAGAAGGACGAGCCCCCACGAUGGGUCAAGGACAGACUCCUCCUCGCCGACCGAGGCCCGUUCGGGUCUGGGCACCGAGUGGACUAUGGAAAGUCGCUGGAGAUAUCCAGCGGGUCUUCGGAUGAGGCCCAGCUUUUUCGGGACGGCCCUUCCUCCGGGAAUGGAACCAGCCUUCAGCUCCAGCUUCAGGAGUACGCCCUGAAGAGACCAGGAAGGCUGGCCGCUCGGCUCUUGCAAAGGAUGCAAAGCCUAGUGGGGAAGGAGGGAGGGCCGAUCUCGAACAUGACGUAUGCCAACAAGACGCCGCCCGUGGCAAUGAACUUCGUGCUGACCGUGCUCGCCCCUCGACAGAUGCCGGUGAGGACCCUUCGCGAGAUGAAGACGCUGGCGGCAGCACUGGACCAGAUCGCAGCAGGUCGGUCCCACUCCGCGGCCGAUCUGCUCGCCCAACGGCUGAAGGCACUCGAGCUCAGCCAGACGGACUCGACGUGGAAUCGGGCCCAGUUCAUAGAACUGGUGGAACCCGAGGGUCCAGCGCUCCUGGAGCGCGAGGAGGCGGUGCUGGCGUCGAAGGAGUGGGCAAGCGAGCUGAGGAUGAAAAAGCUCCAAGGAGGAAAAGGUCCGGCCAAAGGGGACGGCAAGGCAGACAAGGGGAACCCGAAAGGAGAGGAGAAAGGCGGAAAAGCAGGGAAGAAGAACCGCCCCGGCCGCGUGAAGGACGAGGUGGUCGUCAAGGAGGAGGACCCUGACUAUGGAGGAGGAUCCGAUGAUGAUGCCACUGGACACCCAGCUGGCACAAGUCUCGGUGAGCCCUCCCAAGGGAGUGGAGUUGAGCGAACCGGCCAAGGCCGAGGGCACCCCAUCAUGGAGCCGGCUGACUACAAGGAUAUGGUGGCCGAUGGGACCCUCGCCUUUGAUUGGGGUGAACUCGGCGAAAGCGAUGACGAGGGACUCCCCAUGGGGAAGGCCGAUUCGAGUUACUCCUCCAGCCUUCUGGAUGGUCUUUCAAUGAACGAUUGGAGGAAGAAGAUGAGAUCGGUCCUUGACAGGGAGCCCGGCAUGAAGCCGUUGGGGAAGGUCCUGAUGGAGGCGAUGCUUUCGUUAAAGUCCGGCCUGGGAGCAUUCGCGAGGGAGUAUAGCAACCCGGAGAAGCUGCCCCGGGCGGCGAGCCCAGACCAGGCUCCUCAGGCCGGUGUCACGGAGGACAAUGUGCACUGGGUGAGAGCCAUCAUGACGGCACUCAACUACCUCUAUUGUGCUGGGUGGGCCGCACCGGUCUGUGUCCCGAUGUCCAAGUCCCUCAGCCUUUGCCAGUUGAGGGCAGUGGGGCGCAUUGCCGGCCAGGCCGAGCGCUUCGCUAAGCUCACCCCGAAGAUUGGUCCGGCCAAGGCCGCGAUAGCAAAGCUCUCUGCAAAGAAGUUUGACUAUAGCGGCCAGGCGGUGGAGCACAUGUUGGAGCUGGACGCCGAGAAGGUGAUCAAGGCAUGGCCAAAGCCGGGUUCCGCGGCGGUGGUCGAUCUUCAGGACUGUCUGCCGGACGACUUGAAGAAAGCCCUUGACCACCCACGUGACUACCUCCUCCCAGAGACGGAACUCCCAGAGAGACACCGGGGCUCGAAGGUCCGGGCCACCGAUGAGGAAUGGUACAAAAUAGUUAAAGCCGGUUACGACCGAGGUAUGUUUGUGCCAGUUUCUGAUGACGAGGUGCCCGUGGACAGACGGGGGCACCUGAUCACCAACGGUGCUGGAGCGGUUGCGAAAACAAAGGUCGUGGCGGGUCGCACAGAGGUGGCCCAGCGGUUCAUCUCGGUGCUCUGUCCGAUGAACGACGCCAUGGUUCCCUCCCGGGACAGCUACCUGGUGAUUGACUCGGAGGACCUCCAAUCUGCCUUCAACCUCUUCCGCCUACCCCUUGCUUGGGCUCCCUUCUUUGGCUUUGCCAAGAAGGUGAGGGGUGACGCGCUGGGCCUGUCGCGUCAUGAGACGGUGAGGCCUCCACUCAGAGUGGUUCCCAUGGGCUGGACCUCAGCGGUGACCCUGAUCCAGGCCGCGAUCAGGCACAUCUCAUACGAGAUAGCAAGGAUCCCUCCCUACGGGGAUGUGAGAAAAGAUCAGCCGCUCCCAGCGGGAGACACGCACACGGUCCUAUACCUCGACAAUUUCGACGAGGUCCGCUACCUAAAAGAGGAGACAGCCGAAAAGGAGGCGGGCCAGCCUUCAGAGAACCACCGGCGGUUUAUCACAGCCUGUGAGCUUCUAGGGCUGCCGCGCAAUCUGGGGAAGCAGCUCUGCGGAGCUUUGUCUGGAACCCUCCAAGGAGGAGAGCUGUUGGGACGCGAGAAGAUCCUCCGCCACAGCUAUGACAAGUCGGUGGAGCUCUUCGAGCUCUCGAUGGCCCUCCUCACGCAGGAGCUCAUGAGCGACUACAGCCUCCGGCACUGGACCGGGAAAGCUGCCUUUGCGGCAGCCUUCCGGAGGCCGAUCUACUCGGUCCUCCAGGAGGUCUAUGGUGUGAUGGACUGGGCGGCCUCGGGAGCCCAAGUCUCUUUGCCGAUCGCGGCGAUCGAUGAGGUUCUGGUGUUCAUGGCUAUGCUCCCGUUGGCGGAGACCGACCUCUCCUCCGAGAUCUCCCCGACCAUAAGCUGCACCGAUGCCUCGCCCACUGGGGGAGGCUCUUCAGUGGCAACGGUCUUCAAGGACAAGUCCCUUCUCACCCCGUUGCCGGUGACCUCGGACGGCCACUGCGGCUGCUGCAAGAAGGAGCUUGUGGCGCCUAGUGCGCUAGGGACCAUGGAGACGCGUGCUGCAGGAGCUGGUGGCAUGUCCCCAGGUUUGGAGAAAGGCCUCGAUGUCGCCGGUGACCCUUGGGACUUCAAGACGGACGCUGCGAAGGAGCGACUGGACUCCUACGAAGCCGACGGCAACCUGGUGUGGACCCACUGGAGCCCGGACCGUAGGACCUUUUCGCGGUUCCGUGGGGAAUGGGAGAGGGACCACCAGGGCAAGCCAAUACAAUGGCAAAACGUGCCAUUCGUGGCCUGCUGGAAGCAGCCAGGCAAGAUCUCUCUACGGAGAAGAAUGGUACUGGACCUCCUUUCCGAUGUGCUGCCACGGCGGGGAAACAGAGAAUGGACAACGAUCGUCCAUAACUCACCGUCCUUGCACGCCGUGCUGGAAAAGAAAGAGUGUGAAAGAAAUCACACCCGAAAGGGCCAGCCUGACGACCCUGAGAACAAUGAUCCCUACCCAUGGGACUUCUGCCUGGUUUUCAUGGAGGGCGUCUACGACGAGCUGGUCGCACUCUACUCGGAGCCCUUUGGAGCCAGGGACCUCACUUUGGGGACCCUGAUGGAGCACCAGCUCAGAGGGGCCACAAAGGGUUUGCAGGAUGCGGCCGCCGUUGCUUGGGCAGCUGAGCAAACGGUGCAGUUCCUGGAGACAAUGGACACCCACCAGGAACUGGAGCAUCUGAAAUGGUUGCUCCGCCACGCGCACCACACCGGGUGUGACGUCCGUCUGACCAACCGUGGCGACGACGUCUUCGGCCACCGACCGGGUCCUUACCCGGCAUUCAGGUGGCUCUGGAAAGAUGUGUUGAGCUACCGCUGGAAGGAGGAGCAACACAUCAACAUUUUGGAGCUCACUGCCUUUCUUACGGAGCUCCGACGCAGAGCUCGAGACCCAGCUGAACACGGGAGGAGCUACUUCAAUGUGGUUGACUCCUUGGUCUGCUUCUACGUGCUGGGUAAAGGCCGCUCCUCAUCAAAGAAUGAUCCCAAUGACCAUGUGGACAAUCUCGAAAUGGAACUUCUCAGAUGGCUUCCGCGCACAUACGCGGAAUUGGAUGAAGAGGUGGCCGAAUACAUCAACCACCUCUACCAAGAAGGGGACAGUGUUUCCUUUGCGGGAUGGGUCCUCUCUGGACUCAAACGUUUUCACCCUCGCUGCCGGGGUCAGCUCGCUACCUCGCAGCUCUACCUUCGAAACUGGCAGCGGGUCCAUCUGCCAAAAAGAACAACGCCUUUGUCUUGGCUUGGCGCGAAGGCAAUGGCCUCGGCGGCUGCCCAGAUUGGCCGCUUUGACUUGGCUUUGAUGGUGCUCCUUGGUUUCGCCUUUUUUCUUCGGACCAUGGAGCUGCUUUCGUUGGCGGCCACCCAUGUGAGGCUGUUUCCUGACCAAGGCACCGUGAUCAUUGCCAUCGUCAACAGCAAGACUUCAAAGGGCCUCCAGCAAUCCCUCUCUCUGAGGGAGCCAGAACUGGUGCAAGUUCUGGUCUUUUUGUGGGACCGGGCAAGCCCGGGUGGACUCCUCUAUGCCAAAACCCCGCUGGUCUUUAGAAGAGAGUUUGCAGCUCUCGUGCGAGCGGUGGGACUCGACCCUGUGGAGUAUCUCCCCUACUGCAUGCGCAGGGGCGGGGCCACUUUCUUCUACCAGAGGUCCCAAAGCCUCGGUCAAACAAUGAUCCAGGGCCGCUGGAAAGACCAAACUACGGCGAGGGUCUAUGUGGAUGAUGCCCGGGCCACUUUGGUGCAACUUUUAUUGCCCUCCCACGUCACCGCCCAUCAACAAAAGCUGGCUUCAUUCUGGCGGGUGGCUUCGCCAGGUGGUUAA